AUGUCAAAGUUCGGGACCGAACAGCACUUCGGCAUCUCCAGACCGAGGCGGUUCUGGCAGCUCGGUUCGGUUCUGUCCAGCUGGUUGUUCUUAACAAGGUUCCCGCUCCAGGACCCGGUCCGGCUGCAGCGGUGGCUCAGGAACAUGGGGCGGGAGAACUGGACCCCGUCUCGACACCAGUACGUCUGCCACGAACAUUUCUCUCCUUCGUGCUUCAAGGUCCGCUGGGGGGUCCGGUACCUGGAGAGCGACGCCGUGCCGACGGUCUUCCAGCUGAGCCCGAAACGGAAAGCCGCGGAUCAGACCGAGAGGAAGCCGAAGCGCCUCAGAGUGAAGACGGGUCGGACCGGGUCGGGGGACGGGUCGUCCGUUUUGGACGGCGUGCAGAUUGAACAUGGGUUCCACACGGUUCAGCUGUUUGAGGUUUCUGUCGACCAGUCACAGCCUGCGGAGUCCGGUCUGGACCCGGGUGACAUCAGAGGACCUUACAGUUCUCUUCAGGUGGACCCACAGGGACCAGGGGACACAGUGGACACGGGUCUAAAUGUCCCUUUGACUUUCUGUCAGAGAGAAGAUGGUCCCAUCAACAGCAUGGACGGUGCACAGUUGGUUCUGGUGCCGGAAACGCAGGACGAGCUCGUUAAACGAAGCACUGCGGCCAUUUUAGGAGUGGGCCCGUCGGUGGUCCUGGACCUGCCCAGACCUGAAGAGUCCGGACCCUCCUGGGCCGAGGAGUUCUCAAAGGUCCACGAAUGUCAGGAGGUCAUCGCCUACUUUGAGACCAUACCAAACGUUCUCCCCAGCGAGACCUCGACCCGGUUCUCCGUCUCCCCGGACACGGUGCUGUCCUCUGCUCUGAGCUCCAAGCCCAUCUUGUCCACCCUGCCCAUCGUGUCCAAACACGUCCCGCCUUCGUCCACCCUGCCCAUCGUGUCCAAACACGUCCCGACUUCGUCCCUGGUCCUGACUCUGGAGCCCCUCGACUCUGAGGAGGGGGACGGAGCCGCGCCGGAGGACGUGGAGCAGGAGGACCAGCAGCUGGAGGAGCACCGGUACCACAGAACCAGCCUGAGCAAGGAGCAGCUGGAGGCCGUCGUAGCCGAGCUGCAGAAGAAGGUCAAAGUUCUGCAGCAGCGACACCGCCGGCACCUGGAGAAGCUCCUGGGUCUGGAAAACACCGUGAGCCAGCUGCGGCAGAACAACCUGCUGAACGAGGAGCGGCUGCAGCUGCUGGAGAGGGCGUAUCAGCAGACGACUGCAGCGGCGUCGGGUCCUGGUGAGACGGUCACCAUCAUCUACGAGGACGACACUGCGUACUUGUAUACACCAGCACACGAUGAAGGGACCAUGUUGGCUGUGGACAUCAGUGGAGACUGUGGACGUCUUGUGUGACUGUGGAUGUCCUGUCUCUGUGGAUGUUCUGUCUCUGUGGACA